AUGCCUACUACUCGGGUCACAAGGAGCUCUGUUCUCGGAAAGCGUCGCGCUGAAACCAACCAGACGCCUUCAGCAGCGUCCUCGAAGACUCUUGAUCAGCAGCUUGCGACACCAGAAUCGCCGUCGAACCCCAAGCGUCCUCGUACAUCUUUGACACUGAAUGAGGGCGACGCGAACAAGGAGAAUGUUCCGCCGUUCAAUUGUGAAGCUGUCAACGAGCCGUCGUUGUCCGCGCGAGCUACUCGUGCGCUGAGGCGAACGUCCACUACCUUCACAGUUCCUGCUACACCUCCCAGCCAAACUGUACGACGAAAUGCUUCAACGUCGUCACUAGUACCUGCUACACCUGCCGCUCACGUCUCCCGCAUUGCUCUUGCUACGCCGCCUCCUACUCCUCCUACCACAUUGCUUCCAACCUAUGCCCGUGCCCGUGCUUUACUCCGUGCUACCUGUAAUAACUCUUCUAUUCAAAUUGCUGGCAGGGAUGCGGAGCGCGCCAUCAUUCGUACUUUCAUCACCGAUCAUUCCACUUCCAGUUUGUAUAUCUCAGGAGCGCCCGGAACAGGGAAGACUGCCUUGGUCAACAGUAUUCUCCAAGAACUUGACGAACAAGUGAAGAUCAUCAACAUCAACUGCAUGGCUCUGAAGAACGUCGAUGAACUAUGGGGGCAACUGGCUGAAGAACUAGAUACCAACGGAAAGCGUAAAGCUUCUGCACGUUCGAAGAAAGCUAAGGGCCGUGGAGCCAUCGAAGCCCUCCUCGCCGCACGCAAGACGAGAUGUAUCCUUGUUCUUGACGAAUUAGACCACGUCGCUUCUGGUGCGACGGCCCUUACUACCGUCUUCUCUCUACCCUCCUCCGCCAACUUCCGUCUCAUCGGCAUUGCCAAUACACAUACACUCACGUCGUCUGUAUCCACCCUCUCCGACGGUGCAGAUGUCCAGACACUCCACUUCAGCCCAUAUACUCCAACCCAACUCCUUGAAAUUCUCUCUUCUCGACUCCAAACUCUAUGCGACGACUCACCAGAAGGCCAGGCUGAGCGCAAAAAGUUUCUACCUCAACCAACUCUCACGCUUCUGACCAAGAAGGUCGCGGCAAUGACAGGUGACGUUCGUUCGCUCUUGGAGGUUCUUCGCGGAGCAAUCGACUUAGCUGUUGCUGCUGCCGUGAAGACACCUCAGGGCGGCGAAGAGAACCCAUUGAACGCGAGCGCGCCUUCCGUUACCCCAUCCCAUAUCCUUGAAGCUCUCAAAUCCCAUGCACCGGUCGCCAAGUCUUCGUCUGCAGCGUCGUCAACAUCUGGAAGCACCAGCGAAGUCGUCAGCAAAGUGAAUAGCAUGGGUAUUCAAGCACGACUCGUCCUCCUCUCGAUCAUCCUUGCCUCCAAGCGUGUAGAGGCUAACCUCCCACUUGCUGAAGUAACUGCUUCAUCUACCUUCUCAACACCCACAAAGUCACCUACAAAACGAAGCCACUCCCUCCCAACUCCCUCAUCCUCUAACUCUGGACUCGAGACCUCAUCACUCUACACAUUCUACAGCCAGUGCCUGAUGCGCAGUGAUGCUGGGUUGUUCAGUCCCGUUUCGCGGGGCGAGUUCACAGACCUUCUCGGACUGUUGGAGGGUGUUGGACUCAUCUCUUCUACCGGGUCCCUCUCCUGCCUCUCGGUGGCCAGCACCCCAUCCAAGACCGGUCGUCGCAACUUCGGACGCACUGCAAGCUUCGGUGGCAUGGGCAAAUCCCAAAACUCCGGCGGCACUGUUCAACUAGUUGAGGGUGUACGAUUGGAUGAAGUUCUCCGCGGACUUGGUGUCAAUAACACAAAUAACGAAAGUACGAAUGACGAUGUCGACCCUCGCGAAGAAGAGGUGCGCAUCAUAUGGACGCGCGAAACGACGAGGAUUGCGAAGGACGUCAAGGUAGUUGAACGUCUCCGUUUGUCCAUGGCUGGCAUCGAUCCCUUUGGGGAUGCGAUGGAAGAUUAG